AUGAAUCAAGAGAAGUUAGAAGGCCAACGACCAAGUAAUUCGGUAGUCUGUUUGGUCUCCAUCGACUAUUUCGACCAAAGGCUUUUACGGUCUACAACUGUCCAAGUUCGUACACCGGAUGGGCGUGUGCUGGUUACCGAUCGCAAUGGCAGCGUUAUUUCCACUAUUACGAGAUCGGGGCAUCUCAGCGACGAUAUAUCACGAUACGGUUUCAUAGUCAACAACGAGCCUGAUCUGGGAGUGGGGGAAGUAUUGGUGCAAGGUACCACCUAUUAUUUCGGUUCGCAAGACGUUGCUGAAGAUUUUAACACUUUGCAGGAUAAGGGGAUAACUCACAUCGUUAACUUGAUAAGCAACUAUGCAGAAAAUAAAUUUGAGGAUCAGUUUGAGUACUUGUCCUGCACCUUGUAUGAUGACAUGCAGGCGGACUUGAUGCCAAUUAUUACCUCUUGCUGCUUUUUCAUACGAGAGAGGGUGCUCCCUUCUCAUGGUCGUCUGCUCAUUCAUUGCAAUGUGGGCGUUUCUCGCGCCCCAUCUGUCCUCAUCGGUUGCCUUAUCAAACUCUACCAAAUGCCUUUCGAUAUCGCCUAUAGAACUGUCAAUGACGCACGAAGCAUCUCUCCAAAUCUUAAUUUUAAAAUGCAGCUGCGGGCCCUCAGUGAGGAAAUAGUCCCCACGAGAAUAAAAAAAUGA